AUGCGAGAGCCUGCUGCCGACGCUUCGUCAAGAUCCCUUCCUGCCAAGCGCCGUGCCACGACGAAGAAACCGGCAAAGCGAGUUCCCGACGAUAAGCUCGACCUCCGACGCACCCAAAGCAAGAUGAACCAAAGGAGGUAUCGAGCAGAGCAGCUCGAGUUAAUGGGUCGACUGCAGGGCGAAGUUGCAAGUCUCACGAAGGACGUGGCACGGUUGGAAGGGCGCGUAGGACCAUUGCAAGCGUCAGUGCCGAAGAAUUUGCGGUCCUUCGACCCCGAGAUCAGCGUCGCAAACGAAUACUUCCGACUUUUUGCCCAAGGAUACAACAAACACUCGCUCGACCCCAAGAACGUGUACCAACGAGACUUUCUCUGUAGUGUCAUGCAGCCCGACUUGGAGUUUAUGGGCGCCUUAGGCCUGGAAAAGCUGUUCACUCAGUGGGGAUUAUACACGACGCUUUUCCAGUCUGUCAUGAUGACGUGCGACAAAAGCUGCGUCGUGAUGUGUGAGCCCAACAUCAUGCUCGAAGGGAACGCGCGCAUGCAGCUGCGCAUUUCCCGCGGCACCAUCGAAGCAUUGUUCCCCCACUUGCUGCACAACGAACGGCUGGUUCAGAAACUCAUCGGGCGGGUCAUGGUGCUGUCGGUGUUGUGUCAAUUCACGUUUGACGAACACCUCAAAGUCCAAAAGUUCUCGACGUUUGCAAACCCCGUAGUGGCCCUGAUGGACUUGCUGAAAUCCGCCGAAGAUACUGCGACUGCUGUCUCCGGCUGCCUUCUCAAAGAGAACGGCGAACUCGUUCCUGUCACGCGGCAGUCCUUGAUACCUUAUGGCGUGACUGUUUAA